AUGGCGGCGGCGGGCGGGGGGGGCGCCGCGGUGUCGGUGCUGGCCCCCAGCGGGCGGCGGGUCACGGUGCGGGUGGGGCCCAGCACGGUGUUGCUCCAGAUCCUCGAGGAGGUCUGCAGGAAGCAGGGCGGCAGCCCCGGCGAGUACGGCCUGAAGUUUCAGAGGAGUGUGUUGGAUCUCUCUUUACAGUGGAGAUUUGCCAGACUGCCCAACAAUGCCAAGCUGGAGAUGGUCCCAGUCUCUAGUAAAGUGGGAGCUGGAAACACGGUUCGGAUCGCACUGCAGUUAGAUGAUGGCUCCCGUUUGCAAGACACCUUUCUCUGCCAGCAGACCUUGUGGGAACUUCUCAACCAUUUUGCAAAGAUCAGGGAGUUUAUGGAACAGCAUGGUGAAUUCUCUCCAGUCUGUGUUUACAUGCGAGAUGAGGUAUCAGGAAGAGAUGCCCUAGAGAAGACCACACUGAAGUCUCUUGGCUUAACAGGGGGCAGUGCCAUCAUCAGAGUUGUCAUGAAGAAAUGCAGUUCAUCUGGUCAGGAAGAAGCUGUGGGUGCCACGGUGCAGUCUAAUGAGCUGACAGUGAGGCCAGGCUCUACUGGAGGAGCAGUGGAUGUGCCCCUACCUCAAGCAAACACAUUCCCAAAGGACUUGGACCACAGGGAUGUGGCCAUGCCUUUAAACAGCUGCGCAGACAAGCAAGACUCGAUUAGAGAAUCUGAUGCCAGCUCAGAGGAGCAGUGGCCUUCCCCAGAGCCUGAGUCUACCCCAUUUGUCCCUUUUUCUGGAGAUGGACAGCGUCUGGUGGACUCCUCCAUAGCUGCACCAUCUCUUGGGUCAGAUUUGCCAUCUUCAAAGCUGCCAACAACUUUUUCCAGCCCUGGAGGCCCUUCUAAGCCAAAGAAGUCCAAGAACAGCCAAGAACUGCAAAAGGAGCAAGAUCAGCUUGUAGAACGAGAGCCACUUGUAUGUCACCUAGACCUCCUAGAACCCCUUCCUACUGGCCCAGAAGAGCUUCCUGAUGAGUUCUUUGAAGUCACAGUGGAUGAUGUACGGAAACGUUUGGCACAGCUGCAGAGUGAGAGGAAACGCCUGGAAGAAGCUCCACUGAUGACAAAGUCUUUGAGGGAGGCUCAGCUGAAGGAGAAGUUAGAGCGUUAUCCAAAGGUGGUGUUAAGAGUCCAUUUUCCAGACAGACAUGUUCUGCAGGGCUUCUUCCAUCCUAGUGAAACUGUUGGCAUUUUGAGAGACUUUAUAAGGAACCACCUUGCAGAUGCAGACUUGCCAUUUUACUUGUUUAUUGCACCUCCCAGAAUCAUCCUGAACGAUGCAAGUUUGACACUCUUUGAGACUUCUACUUAGCCAAGACUAAGGAACCAGGUGUUUUGGAGCACAAGCUUUUCACCAGAAGAGGUCCACCUUGUGCAACAAUAUACUCUCGCAUAUUGUGGCAGGGUUGGGGGGUCAUAUUGUUGAGUUCAUACACUCAGUGCCUGACAACUGUGUUUAACCUUGGAACAUUACUGCAAGAGCUGAGCUAAUGUGGGUUUGUACCUCUGGUUGGGCUAGUAUAGUUGGAGAAGUGACACUGGAUUUGGAUGGGCAACAGUUCUCCAUUUCUACAGCAGGAGCCAAAGGCCAUAGUAGACAAAAAUCUGACCUUUUUGAUAAUCACUAAAUGAGAAUGUAUUUUAAGCCAGCUUGUACAUUGAGGAAUACAUUCUGUGUGUAACUUUUCUCAAAGGCUAAAAUUUAGUUUUUCAGAUCCAGAUUCCUGGAGGAUUUUUUGCAAGUGUUGAAUGAAGUGGUCUUGAAGUCUCUGGCCAGAGACUCUUGGCUGUGUGAAUCACGCAUGUGUUAAGAGACAUACAGUGAUUUUUGCCAGUGACUUUGCCCCAAACUCACCAUAUUUAAAAUGUGCUGUAAUUCAGGGAGAGGGACAGAGAAAGGGAUCUUUCAGGCAGCAUGGUGAAUGAGGUAGGGAUUAGCAUGCCUCUGAAGUUGUUUGUAAUGGAGCUUUCCAAAUUCCACAACUUCCUGACCAGGCCAUGUGGAAGAGAUACACAGGCAGCUGCUUUUAGAUGAUUGAAUGUUCAGGGAAGCAAAGUGUCGAUCUCUGUGUUCACAGUGGGGAGUCUUUCACCUUCCCAAUAUCCUGUUAAGAGUUUUUUGCUGAAAUUGGAAGUUUUGGGAGUGGUUUUGUUGAGUUCCUUGUACUGUCCCUGUGCCUAUGACAGGUGUAACUCCCUAGGGAGUCCUGAGUCCUGGGAUCACAGCCCCGUCUAGCUCUGAGUGGUGGCUCCACUGCUCCCACCAGCAGCCAUGGGACAGACAUCAUGUCACCAUGGGUGGGGAGAACAAGAAUUUUUCAUUUCAAAGCCAUUUUGUAGGUUUUAAUUAAUAAUGCAAAUACCAGCGGAAAGCCUUUGUGUCUUUGAGACAGGAGGUUGUGCCAUUUUGGCAAGAGGGCAGCUCUCUGCGCUUCCUCUGACUUGUGCCAUCUCGCCCACAUCUGCCACCCACAACACUGUCUCAAGACACACGUGGUAACCAUGAUGGGAAACACAAAGAGCGAAUCUUGUCUUCAGAUUUCUGAGAAGUCCCACAAACGGGAAACUGGCUAUCACUGCAUUGCUAAUGAUGUGUUUGGAAAACAUUCAGAGAAACAGCAGAUAAUAAAAAAUGUUUUGCACUUGUUAGCAGUUCUUGGGCAAGGGGAGCAGCCGUGGUGCUGUGACUAGUACAGACUGGUCUGUCAGGGCACAUGCACACUACUCUCUGCCUUUCUCUGUAUCUUUUUUUUUUUUCCUUUUUUUUUUUUUUUUUUUUUACUAAGCUGUCAUGUCUAAGCACAUCACCCACCAAGAGUUCCUUUGCAGACAUUUCUAACAUGCUUUUGGAAGGCUUUUAUCAUCAUUCCAAAGUAUGGUCUGCCUGCAGCUCUCACCAACAGAAGUCUUCUGCAUAAAAUGGGUGUUUUUCUGUCCUAAGAUUUGGCUCGGAUGUGUUCCCAGAUUUCCUGUCUGAACCUUUGGAUUUGUGUCCUUUAAAUGAAAUGUCCUUUAACAAAAAUACGCUGCUUUCUUUUCAGUAUCUCUGUAGGAAGUGAUAUUCUCCCCCACACUGUAUGCCACGUUUUCCUCUAGAAUCUCAUGGACUUCAAGUUUUGGCACUGUUUAUUUUUUCUUGAAGGUGGUCUUUUUUUGUCUGUUAAGUACAUGGUAGAUGCUGAAAAUGUGCUUCUGUAAUGGACCUUUUUUGUGUUCUCUCUGGUUCAUUUUCUAUUUGAUGUUUUGUUGCUCCUUUAAAUUCAAGGUACUUGCCUUUCUGACACAACUUUCUUCCAUUGCUUUCUGUCACAGUUGGAAAAUACCCUGUCUGCUCAGGUGCCUGUGCUAACCACCUUGAAAUCUGCUAUGACCCUUUU